CGAUCAAUACAAUUGUGAUGUCUGACACUUUAUCUGGAUAUGAUCGAUCGCAUGGAUGAUAUGAUAGAUUUACUCGACUAAAGAAGAUGCCUAGACAGAAAUCAGAGAAAAGGACUCACUCUGAGGCUUUUGGAACUAGUGACUCUCAGCCACAACAGCUUUAUGAUGAUGACCUCCCAGCCAGUGAUGCCCAGCCCACCAUAGUGCUGCAGAUUGGUUCCUCUACUCUGACACUUGGCUUUGCGACUGACCCCACUCCCCAGUCUAUCCCUCACAUUAUUGCAUAUAAGGGGUAUGGUCUGACUACGAAACCCUCAAAUAAGAGUAGGGAAGGUAUCAGAGACGAGACACUGGUGUUGGAUUUCCCAUGGAUAAUCACUCCUGCCCUUGAGGAUGCGAGAGAUUCUUCUCUGUCCAAGAUACAAGAGAGCCUCGAGUUGUUGAGAGCUGGAGCAGGUAUACACGACACAGAGGUGAAUGUGAGGGAGUACCUUGCACACAACUCACGGGUACAGCCAGAGGCCAGAGAGAGUGAGGAACUCUCGAUGACUGAUAUCUCUGCUCAACCUCGCUGUCUCAUUGGAAAUGAGGUACUGUAUUUGCCUCCUGGCUCUGGGUACACAGUAUACAGACCAUUGCGAUACGGACAGUUGAACUGCACCAACCAUGACUCUCUGCCUCAAUGGGCAGCACCCCUUUCACGCAGUGCCCUACUGAGCAUGCUUGAAGACCUAUGGACCAAGGCUUUUGAGGAGUACCUGCAGAUUGACAAGAGAGACUUUAAGAAUCACCGUAUCGUGUUACUUGUAUCAGAUGUGAUUAACAGAGCUCUGUUCAAAGAAUUCAUGAAUAUCCUGCUAGUAAAAAUGGAGUUUGCUGCUGCCUUUUUGCAUCAGGAGUCUGUGUGUGCUGCAUAUUGUGCUGGUAUGGCUUCUUGUUGUGUGGUCAAUGUUGGUGAUGAGGUUACUCAUAUUUCUUGUAUUGAGGAGGGAAUGUCCAAUCCUAACACCAGGCUAAUUCUUCAUUAUGGUGGCAGUGAUAUCACUCGACUUUUCUUCUCCCUUCUUCAAAAGACUAAGUUCCCUUAUUCGAAAUGUACCUCUGAGAGUCGUUUGGACGGUGUUUUGAUUCAACAAUUGAAAGAGACAGUAUGCCACCUUGAUGCAACUAUCUGGGGUGUGAGGAACUAUCAGUUCUCUGUCAUGAGUCCCCUUCCCGGUCGCCUCUUAGAUUACGAGAUAAAACUAUCUGAUGAAGGUAUAAUUGCAGCAAUGGGUAUGUUCUUCCCGGCUGCAUUCUGUCUGCCAGACUACACUUUUCUAAUGAGAGGUCAGCAGCCACAGGCACCAGAGAGAGAGGAUUUGUUGGAAGAGUGUCUAGACAUUCCCCUGGCCCAGAGGCCCGUGGAGCAGAGUGAAAACUUGACUAGUGAGGAGCAGCUUGCAGGGAUGUUUGUUGGUCAUCCCUUGAGGCCAGGGGAGGUGGGGUUACCAGAGGUGACACGGCGCAUAAGACGUGUAAACAAAGGGAGAGUGCUGCCUUUGGAUCAGGCUGUACAUCUUAGUAUCAGCUGUACAAACUUCACAUUGCAACUCUCAGGUUCUCUCGAGUUGAAGGGCAAGCUCUAUUCUAGUAUUCUGCUUGUGGGGGGAGGUCUCUCCUUUCCUGGCUCCUCGAAGAUGCUGCAAUCUCAAUUGGAGCGAAACUCACCGCCAGCCGACAGUAUUGAUGUCUACUCUAAUGUUAGGGAGCUGGAUUCUUCUCAUAUUGCGUGGAAAGGAGGGGCUGUGCUGAGUUGUUUAGACACUUGUCAUGAGCUGUGGAUAGACAAACAGGAGUGGGAUUUUAGUGGUGUUCGGCUGCUGAGAGAGAGAGCACCAUUCCUCUGGUAGACACUUCAUUUGUACUACGUGUAGUUUUGUGUGUAGUGAUACCUCCUCCAAUUGUAUGACAUUAUAUAUACAUACCGAAAUAAAUGCACAAGCCACAUUCACUCA